UUACGGCCGUUGUAAUAGAAAUGGCGGACGAUACAUUGGUUGCAGUUGGAUUACAUCUUGAUGAUUUAAAGCGAUUGCGAGUGUUGGAACCAGAUGUAGCUCAAGAAACAUCGGAGUUAAAAGAAGAAUGUAAAGAGUUUAUAGACAAAAUUGGAGAGUUCCAAAGUAUAGUUGGAGGCUUUAUUUCAAUGGUAGAUGGUUUGUCAAAGGAAGUAGAAAAAGAAAAAAUGAAGGCAAUAGGUGCAAGAAAUUUGUUGAAGUCUAUUACUAAGCAGCGAGAGGCGCAGCAGCAGCAACUGCUGGCAUUAAUCACAGAAAAGAGAACACAGUUAGAGAGACUGCGACUGCAAUACGACGCACUGCUGAAGGUAGAAGCUGAACAGACAGAUUUCGUAGAACAGUAUCUUCUGCAGCGAUGAAUGCAGCAGGAUCCAGGAAGUAAGGAGAACUGUACAGGCAGUGAUCGGCCACACGGCGUGUCUUCUCAAUCAAGGGACGAGAUUAGACUUGUCACCAACACCUUUCACUUGAAUGUAGAAUGCCAACGUGGGUGUGUGUAUGUGCACGUGCGUUGGCUUGCACGUGAUCUGGAGUCGUUCUUGUUCUUUGAAUGUAGUUCGAGUGUGCACAUAUAUGUGGUCACUGGUAGUGCAUAGGCUACUAACCAGUGGAAGCAGAGGGCAAACUUUGUAAGAAUUGAGUACAUGAAUGCAUUGUGAUUAUGUUGUGAUAGUCAUAAAAUGCCACAGACUAUUCCGUCCGUCCAUUCCAUUUCUUACAACGUUUUAUGAUUCACUGUUAAAUUCAUAAAUAAUAUAUGGGUAUUAAUGUGACCUUGGCUCUUACUUGUCGACCAGCUAUCAUGAUUGCAUUUUAAUACAAUAAGUUCACCGCCUAAUGGCUGCUGUCACAAACGUUCCCAUAUGUAUGUGUAUGUAUAUAUGUCUGUAUUUAUAACAUUGUUGUAUAUAGUGGCACUCUUAAAAUGUAAUACACGUAGAAAAUCUGUAAACUGAAAUUCAAUUAAACUAAAAUAACAACUCUCAAAACAUAAA